AUGACUAUAACGGAAACGGUGGUGGAAUCAACUCAAACAAUAAAGACAAUAAAGGAACUUUAUGCAAUCACUGUAUUCACUUUUUCUACCUUGUUUCGAUGGUUUUUUAUACUUGUUUCCUAUAUUACUGUCACACUUUAUACUUGGAUCAUACAGAUUUUAUCCUUAUCCUUUACUCUUCAACUUAGUUUUACUACCUUACUAGUGUUCUUUGGAUUAACUACAAUAAUAGGGUAUCUAGUCAUUCGGUAUCGAAUCCUUACUAGAUACUCACGUCUUCCCGCAGAAACUCCCCAGAAUCAAGAUACUUUUCACCACCUGCGACCCGAGGUCUUUGAUAACAAUGAAAAAUCACAAUUUCUUUACCCAGACGAAUUUUUAAGCGCUUUUUUAGAGGGCAUAAAAGUUUUUGGUUACCUGGAAAAACCUGUAUUUCAUGAACUUUCAAGACAUUUACAAACAAAGAGGUUAUUAAGUGGUGAUACUUUAAUGUUAGAGAAAGAAAGAUCGUUCUACAUUGUAAUAGAUGGUCAUGUUCAGGUUUUUGUCAAAACUGCAAAUGAAGAAGAUAUUGUGUUAGACCCUUUUGAAGAUGAUGAUUACAAUCGUGGUUGUCAGCUUUUAAAUGAAGUUACAAACGGUGGAACAUUGUCAAGUCUGUUUACUAUUCUUUCUUUAUUUACUGAUGACAUUGAACUUCGUUACAAUGAUAAUGUGGUGGAUCCUUCAAUUGUUGGAGAACAUGCUGAAAAACAGGAAAAUGAGUCUGUUCAAGAUGAAUCAAAUCAUGAUACUCCUAAAGAUCAACCUCUUCCCGGAACAUCAAUGCAUGCUGAUAAUACUUUCUCACGUUCAAAUAAAUCUACAAAGCCUCAGAUUUUAAGACGCCUUUCAAAAGAUGGUCCAACAACUACUUCUGUUCACCCAAAUAUCAUAGCCAGGGCAACUGUGGAUACUACCUUAGCUGUUAUUCCGGCUGAAGCUUUCCACAGAUUAACGGAAAAAUUUCCAAAUUCUGUUGCCCAUAUCGUUCAAGUAAUUCUAAUACGUUUUCAACGUGUUACUUUCUGGACUGGAUAUAAAUAUUUGGGCUUAACAAAAGAUAUUUUGAGAACUGAAAAAUUAAUGAAUGACAUCACCACUCAUGGCCUUCCUGUCGAUUUUUUUAGACCGGGAAGUAUGGAACGACUUCGCUUGAAGUAUGUUGGCAGUGGCAAAAAGUAUAAAGAUAUGGACAUGAGUGAUAAUGAAUUUUUAGUUAAUAAAAAUAAAAAAACUAGACAAUCUACUCGCCUUAGACAAAAUGUUGUAUAUGAAAGUGAAGUUGAAUCCAGUGCUGAUCCUAUAGUAACAAAAUCUAAAGACACUAAUAGAUCUUAUGCUAAUAGUAAAUACUUGACAACUCCAGCGAGUGCUCGUGUUCAACCUAUCAGUGGAACUCCAGUGAGUGGCCGUGAUUAUGACGCUGAAGAUGAUAUGCAUCUUCGAGAAUCCGUUUUAGAAGGUAUUUCGAAAGGACUCGGUCUGUUACAACCCAACCGCAAAGAUAAAAACUCUUCAUUAGAACAUGGGCCUCGUCCUAAUUCAUCGGAGUCAAAUUUACAUUCCUUUCAUUUUUUGAACCACUCCGCAACUGCAUUGCUGGAUAUUCCUGAUGAUGAAUCAGUUGCAGAAACUAUAUCAUCUUUUACCAGUGAACUAGAUAAUGAUGUUGAUAUAUUAUUUUAUCCUAAAGGAUCGGUUCUAGUUGCUGAAGGAGAACGAAAUGUUGGUCUAUUUUUUGUUAUUGAUGGACUUUUAGAUGUUUCUGUUGCUUCUAAUGAUAAGAAUUUCCUUGGAAGUUCUUUUCAAACUACCGCUUCUGAAAUCCCAGCUCCAAAUUCAUCCAUGAAAUCUACGUAUAAAAAAAAGGAAACAAUUACAACUAAUUCAUCAAAUAAGUCCAGAGACAAGAGUCUAUUUAUGGUUAAACCAGGUGGUCUUGCCGGAUAUCUUGCAGCUUUAACUGGAUUUCCAUCUUUUGUUAACAUCCGUGCUAGCACCGAUACUUAUAUAGGAUAUUUAUCAAAAAAUUCAUUGAAUCGCCUUACGGAACGGAAUCCAAACGUACUUUUGACUUUAGCUAAGCGAUUAAUAAGGCUGUUAUCACCCCUAGUCCUUCAAAUCGAUUUUGCUCUUGAUUGGGUUCAAGUCAACGCCGGACAAGUUUUAUAUUCUGAAGGGGAUCCAAGCGAUUCAAUAUACAUUGUUUUAAAUGGUCGUGUACGUGCCAUAAAUGAAAGAAAAAAUCGUAUCAUCGACAUUGUAGGAGAAUAUGGCCAGGGUCAAAGCGUCGGAGAACUCGAAGUUAUGACGGGAGCCCCUCGUCCACACACAUUACAUGCUAUUCGUGACACUGAACUUGCUCGAAUGCCCAGAACUUUAUUCAAUGCACUUGCUAUUCGUCAUCCUGAAAUUACUUUACAGAUCUCUCGUAUUAUUGCGUCAAGAACACGGUUGCAACAAGAUCGGGAUUUCAAUCAUAAAAAUACUGGCACUGAGCUUGGUAAAAACAAUACUAAUCUUAAAACUGUUUGUAUAUUACCUGUGAAUGAAAACGUUCCCGUGACCGAGUUUGCAGAGAAAUUGAAAUACGCUUUAGAAAGGUCUGGUGAAAUAACUACAUUAUUAAAUCAUGCUUCUGUAGUACCAGUAAUGGGAAAGCAUGUGUUUACACAAAUGGGAAGGUUGAAGCUUAUUAGUUGGCUUGCUGAACAAGAAGAAAAAUCACGAAUUGUGUUAUAUUUGGCCGAUGGAGGGCUUAAUGCUUCGUGGACUCAAACUUGUAUUCGUCAGGCCGAUUGUAUUCUUUUGGUUGGUUUAGGAGAUGAAGAAGCAACCAUAGGUGAAUAUGAGAGUCUCCUGAUUGGUACAAAGACUACAGCUCGUAAGGAACUCGUAUUGCUACAUGCUGAAAAACAUUGUGCGCCCGGAACGACUCGUCAAUGGUUGAAGAAUCGUUCGUGGAUUCAUGCAUAUCAUCAUAUUCAAAUGGCUAUGUUAAAACCAACAAUGUUGUCUGGGCGACCACGAAAAAAUGCGUUAAUGAAUAUUCAAGCUCGAUUACGAAGGUAUUAUUCUACAAUAAUGGAAAGGUCUCCCACGACACAAAAUGGAAGUCGCAAUGAUUUUUCAAGGCUUGCACGACGUCUUUGUGGAAAAACAGUUGGUCUGGUUUUAGGAGGGGGAGGAGCUAGAGGCAUAGCACAUGUAGGUGUUAUUAAGGCUCUGGAAGAAGCUGGCGUUCCGAUAGACAUGGUUGGAGGUACUAGCAUCGGUUCCUUUAUUGGUGGACUUUAUGCACGUGAAUCAGACAAUGUGGCGAUCCUUGGACGAGCUAAAGCAUUUUCGUCACGAAUGUGUAGUAAAUGGCGACAGGUUUUUGAUUUGACAUAUCCAUUAACUGCGUGGUUUACAGGUCAUCAAUUUAAUAGAGGUAUCUGGAAAAGCUUUUCAGAUACACUUAUCGAAGAUUUUUGGUUAUCGUACUUUUGCGUUACCACAAACAUCACGUGGUCACGUAUGGAGGUUCAUAAAAGUGGCUAUGCGUGGCGAUAUGUUAGAGCAUCAAUGUCAUUGUCAUCAUUCUUACCCCCCCUUUGUGAUAAUGGGAACUUAUUAGUGGAUGGUGGUUAUCUGGAUAAUUUACCGGUUAGUGUAAUGAAAAGUAUGGGUGCCAAUUCAAUAAUUGCAGUUGAUGUAGCAAGCCAUGAAGACACGUCUCCAGUAUAUUAUGGGGAUUCACUCUCAGGAUGGUGGGUAAUACUUAAUAGAUUUAACCCAUUUAACCGACAAGCAAAGAUACCUACUAUGGCAGAUAUACAAUCAAGAUUAGCAUAUGUAUCAAGUGUUAAAACAUUGGAAGAAGCUAAAUUAAUACCCGGAUGUCUUUAUAUGCAAUUACCAGUACAACAAUAUGGCACAUUAGAAUUUAAUAAAUUUGAUGAAAUAUUUGAAGUAGGAUACAAAGCAGGAAAAGAAAUAUUGAAAAAAUGGAAAGAAGAAGGGAAGUUACGGGAUUUAUUAGGUCAAGGACACGAGGAGCAUAGAGGCUAUAGGAUAAGUAGAAGAAAUAGUGUAUAA